AUGUGCUCUGUAGGACUGUUUAGACAAUUAAAGCAAGUCAAAGAUCCCAUUGUAUUUCGCGGAAUUAACAAGUAUAUUAAGUUCCGUACGAAACUAGCUCUGUUAGAGGCUCGAAUUAAGUUCAUUGACGAAUGCGUUACUAAAUCGGAAUUUCCGAAACAGUAUUGGACAUUGUUGAGGAGAAAUCGUGUGAACAUGACCAGUGCCAUCCUUCGCCGUCUCGCUCUCAAUGAGCGUGACACGUGUAAUCAUAUUGUGGAUUUAGAACGGAAUUAUGUGACUUCCGCAUGUGUGUUGGAUGAUCUUUCCCCGACUGAGAGAAAAUCUUUCCGGAUUAUGUUCAGUCGAUCGCAUCCAAACCACGCUGCGUCAGCGUCUUAA